UUAUAAUUCAGGAUUCGGUCCUUCCACAGGCGCCACCGUGCGCUGUAUUCGGUACACCGUACACCGUGCACCCUACGAGGACACACACGCCUACAGGACCUCGCUCCGUGUACCUACCUAACCUACCUACUGGCACACUAGGUGCCAACGACUGCAUCGCACCGCCGAAGGGCAAAUCAAAGCCGCCCAGGGAAACCGGAAGGAGUCCGUACCUUCCGCGUAUGCGUACCAGGGAGGGCGUAGAACCUUUUUCCUCCUCCCCGUUCGGACUCCUUUCAUUCCCUGACCUGCUCACUCCUUGCUCACCACUUGCUCACUCCGUCCAUCUCAUCUGCGAAGAAGACACGGCAAAAAAGAAGAGCGAGAGCGAGAGCCAGAGUAAGAGCCAGAGCCAGAGCCAGAGCCAGAGCAAGUAAGGAACCCCGUACGUUGUUGGCUCACUCUAUCCAUCAUCCAUCAUCCGUCGCCCAUCAGCCAUUGAUCGCUGCAACCUACUAUCCAUCCGUCCAUCUGCACGGUCCUCGCCUCAGCCAGCGCUGGCCAAUUUCACCCCGUCCGCUGGGAGAGGGGUCUCUGCCACCAACGAGCACAGCACGGCUGCCCCCCUCUAACUUGAUCAGGGCUGGUUGAAUUGGGGAGAGCGGAGGACGGGGAAUCUAGAGCAGCGGACGAACAGCUUCUUGCCGGUACCAACGGGCUAAAAGCGAGCAGAGCAAUCAUGGUCGACCGCCACGACGACGAUCGUGACCACCAGCGCCAGCGGCACCCUCUUCAACGCCCACACCACCCCCAGGUCCAAGAGGCAGACACCAAUCACAGCCGCAACCAUACCCAGAGCGACAAGACCCGUGGCCCGCGAAAACCGUACGUCCGACUGGUCACCGACAAGCGACGGGAGCAAAACCGGCGCGCACAAAAGGCUUAUAGGGAGCGACUGAAGAAGAAACUCGAGGUCCUGGAGGAGCAGGCUGCUUCUACUUUGUCCCACCCCGGCCAACACCAACAGACCCCGCGAAGGCCCAGCCAUGAGCUUAUCGAGAUCUCAGGCACAGAAACUCACAUCCAAGACGAUGAGGAUGGACAGGGGACCGUCAAUGUCGAUCUUGUGUCUCCCGCAUUGUCGUCUCCGGCCAAGAUACCACACAGAGCCACCGGCCCAACUGGUUCGGGCCCGCGGGUGAUAAAUCUGGCAGAAGCAUUUGUCGCUGCUGGGGACUUACCGUUUGGACAGGGUGCCCUCCCCGGCAUCCAGCUUCAAGUAGGCCCCGAUACACCGGCGACCGUAACCGACAUCGACGAGAUCAUCGAUCAUACCCACGAUGACUAUGGCGACAUUGACCUGCGGCAAAUCUGGGCUAUGCCACACGGACCGGCGCCUUCCCAACCGUCACACCAACAUCAUCCUGGCAUCUCGCGCGGUUCGACGACUCUUAUGACCUUGACCCCUCAGCGAAGCCCGAACGGCCUGCAGUUCUUCACCCCGAAGCUUACCGUGGCAGAUCCAUACAUGAAUCACCUGCACCUCGUCGGCGAAGGCAAUGUCGAAGCCUCACUCGCUGUUGCCCUUUCAAUCGGCAUCAGCCGCAGCCAGUACUUGAACGACCACCCAUCACAUUUCCCCGGCUGCUACGUCGCGCUCAACAAACCUGACCCGAGCUCCCCAACAAACUCAUCCUCCCCGGUGACAGUGAGCUACAAGUUCGCACACACCUUCAUGAAUGUCACGCCGGAGCUGCAAGAGCAUCUCGAGUCAGUGAAGCCGCCCAUGCGCCCAACGCCCGCUCAACUCUUAAAUCCACACCCAAGUUACCUCGACUGCCUUGUAUUCCCGUAUUUCCGUGACCAUGCAGUCCAGGCAUCCGUGGAUGGCAUCCUGGACCACGCAGAGCUGUUCAUGGACCUGAUGCACGGUGGGCUGGUAUGCUGGGGCGGCAUGUCGGGGCUUACGAACAGGCACGGGAAGUCGGUCAAGAGCGGGAAGAGAGGCAUGAGCGACAGCGUCGCCUGGAACACGAGAAGUUGGGAGGCUAAAAGAUGGUUCCUGAAAAAAUGGACUUGGCUGGUCGGCACAGAGGAGGAAGAGGAAGCGAGGGGUGAUGUUGAUGGCAUCUGGAGAGGCAGUCGGUGGUGGUGGGCCAUGCGCGGCGAGGACGACACCGAUGAGGAAAUGGAGGAAACGGACUUUGGAGGUGCCCGAGUGAGCGAAAUUGACUCGGCCAGCCAUUGUGUGUGAAGGUGGUGGCUUGCUGGAGGGAGGUUGCGACAGGUACCUGAUACGCGUGCUUACCCAGGCGGGGCCCAACUGUACAGAGCCGAUGGCAUGGUCAUCGACGUUCUCAUCUCCACUGCGUGGCUUUCUCAGGUGGGCGUUGUGCAUCUACCUUCGGUACUAUCGAAUAGCGCGCGAGUGGAGGGGCCGAUCUGUCUCGAGGCUUGAGUUUGCAAGCCGAGAGGAACCCCAUUCGACAAGUUUCUGGCUAAGAACAUGGUGGAAGUCACCCGGACCAUGUGGAGGAGUGUCCGAGAUCAACCUCAGUCAGCCGUGGACGCCAACCCGUCGUGCCCAAAUGCAGAACUUCUUCUGGCAAUCGUCAAAGAAGGAAUGAUUGUUCAGCUUUGAAAGUCUCCGGGCCAAUCGAGGUCGAAUGUGGCCGGUUCCCUGUUGAAGCACGCUUGACAUAUUCCAAUGUGAAUGGAAUUCGUAUACCCAACCCAGAGAUAUGUGAAAUGUGGAAGAUGCAGUGCGUGCUGGCUCGACACACUCAGCGACAGGUGGACUCGCUUUCUAACAUGUGGUGAGGCGGGGACUAGCUACUGCUCGAUUUCCAACGGCGUCGUGACUGGCCUGGCUCCCUUUUCC